AUGCUAGAGUUGUGGUUGAACAAAUCCAAAGAAUCUCAAGAGGUUAAAAAUAGCAUCUCAGUUGUUGAACCAGCUGAUGGAACAGACUCUAAGAAGAUUCUAAUCAAGAAUCUGAAUCUUGAAAGGAUAAAGAAGAUAAAUGCUAUUGUAAAAGACCUAAUGAAUCUGGAUGUAAGUGAUUUUGAAUCAGAUGAAGACCUUGAGAACUGCAUGGAUUCACUCAUGGAUGAAGAUCAAAGGCCUCUUGAUGGAAUUUUGUUAGCCCUUGUGUAA